AUGGCGUCGACAUCGAAGGAGUCAUACGGAACUGCUUCUUACGCAAUCAGCCGCCAUCGAAAAAACAAAGUCUUCAUGUGGCAAAGUCGUGUUGUGCAUGGACGUGUUUAUGAAUUUCUUGUCGCCUCAAAAUUCAGGAUCCCAGGCUUAGUCUCUUGGAAAUGUAUGCAUUGUAUGCAAAUACGGGAAAAGUUGAAGAGACAGAAGCAACCGGUCAAGGAUUUGAAGAUUCCGCUCGUCCUAAUAGAUAACGACAUCAUCAGAGAGAAUCCUGACGAACCACUGAAUGCGCGACAUUUUUGUCAGGGUAAAAACGUUGUGGAUGCUGUUUUGAAGCGAACAAAACUUCAAUUUUACGAAGAGUGGUCAACGUCUAACGAGCCGCCGUUGGAAGUUUCAGUAGAUCGCUUUUCAGACGCUGUUUUAGAGGCAGUCCCGCUCGACCUUGAUGAAGUGCAAAAACAGCAAAUGAAACAAUCCCUCGAUGAGAAGUGCGAACGAGUUAUGAAGAAAGUGUUACGAAAAAGGAAGCGUGAUGCCUGGUGGUCUCCUGAUCGCCGAGCAAAAUCUCUCGUGGUAGCAGAUAGCAGCGAUGAUUCCAACAGCUUACCGAAGGUUGUUGUGAGUUCCGCUCUUUCUGCAGUCGAUGACAAUGAGUAUAUUGACGUCGUUGGAGAUGCGCCGGAUGAAAGUGACCGAAGUGUGGAGUUGAGAACUGAUCGUUUAUAUUAA